UGUAACUGGCUUCUUACGACGAACCGUAGUAGAUCGACAUUGUCCCAAAAGCUUCUUCCGUGGCCUAGCUGACCAAGCAUCAGAAAUGACCCAAUGUUUUUUUGAUAUCUCUAUCGGUAAUCAACCAGCUGGCAGAAUUGUGUUUCAGCUGUAUGAUAAAGAAGUACCCAAGACUGCUGCAAAUUUCAAAGCACUGUGCACUGGCGAAAAAGGUUUUGGAUACAAAGAUUCCAAAUUCCACAGAAUCAUCCCUGGUUUUAUGUGUCAAGGUGGAGAUUUUACCAGGGGUGAUGGAACCGGAGGGAAAAGUAUCUAUGGUGAAAAGUUUGCUGAUGAGAACUUCAGCAAAAAGCAUGUAAAAGAGGGUUUGCUGUCAAUGGCAAAUGCAGGACCUAAUACAAAUGGAUCUCAGUUUUUUAUCACAACAGCAAAGACCACCUGGCUGGAUGGCAAACAUGUUGUGUUUGGUGAUGUUGUGUCUGGGUACCAGGAUGUGGUGAAAAAGAUGGAGUCUGCUGGAGGACAGUCUGGCAAGCCAUCAAAAGAAGUUAAAAUCACCAACUGUGGAGUGCUGUAAACUAUUACUACACUAUUCUCGUGUUUUUUGCUGAAUUUGAUAUCUUUGAUCACCAAUUCUAAUAUGGUUUAUAAUCACUACAUUGACCAAAGAGCUUCUCUUGUCUAAGAUAGUAAGUGCAUGCUAGGGUGUAUGUGCUGAUUACCAUGUUGUAAUGUUGCUACAUUUUUUCUGGAUGUUUAUUAAAAAUGUUUUUAUCUAUUGUAAA